GGCUUUCAGGCUCCUUUCCCUAUCUUCUCUUGGGUGGUGGGCUCCCUCCGUGGACUCCGAGGCCUUUCCAAGCCGCUUCCCUUUGUUGCUCAUUCUUCUUCCUUUUUUUCCCCCUUUCCAGGAUCCUUGUACUUGGCAGCUCUCCUCAGAGUCCAAAUUUGAUUUGAUUUUAUUUUUUUAAUGCAAUAAAGGCUGGCCAAACAAUAACAGCAGCGGGGAGAAAAGGCCUGAAAGGGAGGGCUGAGCUCUUGCAAACCAGGAGUAUAAAUAUUCUCAGCUGGUUUAGACUCUAAAACAGUUGUGCUAUUCAGUACAAGCCUGCCAUGAAAAUCACAGCGUGGAGAGAGGGGAAAUAAAAAUAGAAAGGAAAAAAAGCACGAUGUGGUUUAGCAGAAGCAAGGUCCAGCAAAGCCAAGCUGCAGGCAAUGUGUAGGGAAGGGUUUAAGGGCUUUUAAGAUGGGGGGAUAAAGCUAAACGCGUGCCCUUGGGCAGGGCAGGGGGUUGAGGUGGGUGCCCCUGCACGGCCUCUCACCGCAGUGCCCGGCUUUGGGGAGCAGCCCUGAGGAAGAGGGGGGAAAGGGGAAAGGGGGGGCUCUGUUCACCUCGAAAAGCUUCGUUCAGUUGGAAACUUCUUUCAAACACUACUGUUCCGGUGGAAGGUCACAGUGGUCCUUUGAGUAUGAAACUGCGAGACCCCCUUCCCCCUUCCCAUCACGUGAUUCAUUAAAUAAUUAAUGCCGAGCUUGCAGAAUAGAUAUGUAUUCGUCAGGAAAAUCGCAGCCAUGGACUCCUUGUGUCUGACGUGAAAUUCAACUGUCCUUUAAAAAACAAGCCUAGAGCUGAGGGGAGGGGGGGUAAAAAAAAAGAGGGAGAGAAAGAGCGAGAGGGAGAGAGAGAAAGAGGGGGAGAGGAGGAGAGAGGGAGAGGAGGCUGCAAUAAAACAAUUCUCAGGACCCACGAAGCCACGCCGAGGGCUGGAUUAUUCUCUCCUCCUUUCCCAAAGCCCGCCACUGCCUCGGCUUUGCUGGACCAGACGUUCCACAACCGGUCAGCUUCCAAUAGACAGCUGGAAACGGCCUGUCACGUGGCCUUGGGGUGCCAAUGUUCUGCCAUAGGGGUGUCAAGACCCUGGUAGCUGGAAAAAUCAUUUUGGGGAGUCCCAGAGAUGCAGAAGACAACGUACUACGACAGCUCCACGCUCUUUGGGGGUUACUCCUAUGGGAGUGCCAAUGGCUUCGGCUACGAGGGUGCCCAGCAGUCCUUCCAGCCGGCCUCUCACAUGGAGAGCGACUACCAGAGGUCCGCCUGCUCCCUCCAGUCUCUUGGCAACACAACCCCGCAUGCAAAAAGUAAAGACCUGAAUGGAAGCUGCAUGCGUCCAAGUUUGCCCCAGGAGCACCACCCGCCUCCCCCCAUCUCGCCGCCCCCAAACCCUGCCACCAACAGCACCAGUAACAGCAGCAAUAACCAGUCUGGGAGCAGUAAAAGUGCCCCCAGCAAAGCCAACCUCAGUGCAAACGCCAGUCUCACCAAGCAGAUUUUCCCCUGGAUGAAAGAAUCCAGGCAAAACUCCAAACAGAAAACCAGCUCCCCUAGCACAGCAGAAACCUGCAGCAGCGAGAAAAGCCCUCCAGGCUCCUCGGCCUCCAAGAGAGCCCGCACAGCCUACACCAGUGCUCAGCUGGUGGAGCUGGAGAAGGAAUUCCACUUCAACCGCUACCUGUGCCGGCCCCGCCGCGUGGAGAUGGCCAACCUGCUGAACCUCAGCGAGAGGCAGAUCAAGAUCUGGUUCCAGAACAGAAGGAUGAAGUACAAGAAAGAUCAGAAGUCAAAAGGCAUGGGGUCUUCUUCUGGAGGGCCUUCCCCCACCGGCAGCCCGCCCCAGCCCAUGCAGUCCUCUGCUGGAUUUAUGAAUGCCUUGCACACCAUGAGCAGUAACUAUGAUGCCCCCUCGCCACCUUCCUUCAAUAAACCCCACCAAAAUGCCUAUGCCAUGUCAACUAACUACCAAAACCCCAUCAAAGGCUGCCCCUCCCAACAGAAAUACGCCAACACGGCCCCCGAGUAUGACCCCCAUGUCUUACAAGGGAACGGGGUGGCCUACGGGACACCCAAUAUGCAGGGAAGCCCCGUCUAUGUUGGAGGUAACUAUGUGGAUUCUAUGCCCACCUCUGGCCCAUCCCUUUAUGGCCUCAAUCACCUGCCACAUCCCCAGGCCACCAACAUGGACUACAAUGGGCCUCCCCAGAUGCCCCCGAGCCAGCACCACGGACCAUGUGAGACCCACCCCACCUACACAGACCUUUCCACGCACCACGCUUCUUCUCAGGGCAGAAUCCAAGAGGCGCCCAAGUUGACCCACCUGUGAUAGGGAGCAGGGGCAGGCUCAGGCAAAGUGGAUGGGACCCCACCAUGGGGCAUGGGAGAGGGGAAGAGGGUGGAAUCGGCUUCAGGAACAUUUGUGUUGAGCUAUUUUCUUUCUUUCUUUGACAGGGCAACUUCUACUAGCUUGUUGUGCUUGUUAUUAUUAUCGCUGGGUUUAUUAGGCACAAUUUCCAAGCAUUUCAGUAGCUCUCUCUCUGAAGAGAUAUACCUCCUGUGUUUCAGCACAAAUGCUUCUGAAGUGGAUGUAGGGUAGUUUUAUGGGAAUCUAGCCAAUUUCAAGCAGCAACGUCCUUCAUUUCCAAUCCAAGCAUAGAUCGUCAUUGAUAAUUUUUGGACAUUGGAAAGGAGAAUGGUCAGGAGUCAGGUCUUUAUGGUUGAUGUCUCUGCAUCUGCAUCAACAUGCACAAGUGUAUAGAUAUGCAAUCAAGAGAGAUUCACAAGAAAACUACCCUCUUCUUGACUCCUCAAGAGGAACCUCGUGCUUUUCCUUCCCAGCCCGAUGAGGAAGGGCACCGAGUAACUUCCCACCAGUCACCACAUAAACUGCAAAUAUACAAACCUGCCAACGCCUGGGAUUCAUGCUCUUCCCCUCCAGCCCCUGCCUCCCCUCUCAAUAAUAACAAUAAUCAGCAUCAAAUUAGAAUAAGGGAGGUCUAAGUAUUGCAAAAGGUUCGGGAAACAAGGGUUUUGAAAUGCCUCAACCCCCCAACAAUAACAGCAGUCCAAAGAGAGGAAGAAAGAGUUGACAGGUCUGAAUAUUUUCCCACCUUUGCCUCUAGAUGACAUGAAGUCUCUGUUCAACAGUGUUGGGUUUGUUUUUGUUUGGGGGUAUUUUUCUUAGGGUUCCUAAACAGAAAAGCAAUCUUAAGACUCAGAAGUCCUACACUUCUUUCCUCCUCUUCUCUUGACCUUACGUGAAAACAGGGUAUAUUUGAACAAAUGGAAUGUCCUCCCAUCGAAGCAGAAGUGAAUGGAUCUCUAGUAUUUGCUAAUGCUUUCUUGUCUGGACAUCUUUGUUGCACUUAGAGUUUACAUAUAAUGGGUAUAAAAACAACUUUGAAGGGCUUUCGUCCAACUCAGUCGAGAUGCCCUUCAAUAGGUGUGUGUUCUGGUGAACAUUCAUAUAUAUUUAUUGGUUAUAGCCAGUUUAAAAUAUUUUCCUUUUUUUUGGUAUUAUUUAUCCACAAUAUUACGUAUUUAUAUGAGGAAAAAAAAAAAGAAAAACAAACAAAAAAAAAGAAGGAAUCAAAUUGUACUUUUUUAGUAUUUACUUGUUCUAAAGGACAUUGUGUUUCCUUGUCAUUGUACAACAAGCUUAUUUUAGUUAUUGUAAUUUAGGAAGACCAGUAGUUUUAUGUUACCUUCGUACUUAUGAAUAAUGUAAUUAGUUCUACUGGAGGCAUGAGAGCAGAACCAGCCUGUAAUUGUAUAGUCCUGAAUUAGAACUAUAGCUAAUCCCUCCCUCCCACCUCACCCCGCCUCUUCCGAGCUCUUUCUUUGUUCUUACAGUAGUUAUUUUGUUUCCUUGCUAAGGGUUGUCUGUUGAACAAUUCUUGAAUAAACUUUCUGUUAUCAAUUUUA